AUGGAGCCUGACCAGGAGGCAAAUUGAAUCAGUCCUCCUCUUAGCAGCCAGUCUGCAGUCGAAUGCUCUCCCUGUGGCUCGGGGCACCGUCCAUGGUCCCUCCUGCAAGUUGAGAGCCCUCAUCUUAAGAGGAGGUGGUGGGAGAGGGAGGAGGUGGCCAUCCGGAGCUGGGUCAUUCACCAUGGUCGAGACCAGCACAACUGACCUCUCUCCGAACUACACAGAUUAUGGAUAUGACUACACUGAGCAAGAUAUGCAAUAUUGGUGCAUAACACAUGAUUAUACACGGGUGAUAAUUUCAGGUGUUUUUAUUGUUGUUUGCCUGUGUGGACUUGCGGGGAAUAUGGUGGUUGUGUGGUUCCUGGGCUUCCACAUGAAGAAGAACCCCUUCACUGUCUAUGUCCUGAACCUGGCCAUCGCUGACUUCUCUCUGCUCCUCUUCGUUCUUGGGAUACUUACAGUAAACAUUCUUUCAGCAGUAGAAUGUUUUAAUUGGUAUACAUAUGUGGUGUCCAGGUAUAAGCUAAUGGUUUUGUUUUUCUUUUGGUAUUUGGCCAGCAUGUAUCUCCUGACAGCAAUGAGCAUGGAGAGGUGCCUCUCUGUUUUGUUCCCAGUCUGGUACCGCUCUCGCCGCCCAAAGCACUUAUCAGGCAUCGUGUGUGGGGUGCUCUGGGCUCUCGUUGCAAUUAUUGCUUCUUUGCUUUUAGUUAGUUGUUCCUUCCAUUUCGAUAGACGCUGUUCGAAAGUAUUAAAUGUUUUAAGCCCUCUGAAUUUUCUCAUUUUCUGUUUACUCCCACUCCUUUCCAACCUUACCAUGUUCUUCAGACUCCGAUGUGGCUCACAGAGACGACACCCAGGGAAGCUCUAUGUUGCUGUCCUCCUCAGUGUCAUAUGCAUGUUCAUCUUUGGCCUUCCUCUCAUUAUAUUGAUUUUCAUUUUCCAUUUUGAUAAACACAUACCUACACUUUUUAUUGGUUACCUGCUGGCAUCACUGAACAGCAGCAUCAACCCACUCAUUUACUUCCUGGUGGGGAGCUUCUGGAAACGCCACUUCCAGGGCUCUGUGAAAGCCGCCCUACGACGAGUGUUUGAAUACAAAGUCAUCAGCGAGGACAGUAGACAGACGUCUGGGGAGACUGCAGUGGAGAUCACUGUAUAAGAUACUGCUGGUGAGAAGCCCUGGAGAUGUGGUCGCUCACAGACAGCCAGAAGGAGGUGGAGGCGUGGGGACACGUAGCACACAGCCAGCGCUGCACUGCUCA